UUCGUCUCAUUUCCUUUUCAGAACCGAUUCGAGAUGUCGGAAACUUCACUUUUAACAAACCUGGCCGACUCCUGGUUAGGGAGUCUCACCAUCAACCUCUUGUGUUAUUCGACAGUCUUUAUUCCAGGGUACUUCCUCUUGCAGUAUUUCAAAAAUUCAAAAUAUAUCGAAAGAGCGGGCUCUGGUCUUGUCUCCAAGUUAAUCACCUCCUGCGUGUACGGCCACAGCUAUGACAAGAUUGUGGCAGACUCAGCAGGUGCCCCCAAGGGAGUCCAGGGCGAGAGAUCAAUGGGCUCCAGCUUCGUCCAGCUCCUGUUCUGCUUUGUGGGACUGCAAGUGUCUUACCUCACGUGGGGGGUCCUGCAAGAGAAGAUUAUGACGAAGGAAUAUCAAAACUCAGAUGGCAGCAUAGGUCACUUCAAGGACUCACAGUUUCUUGUGUUUGUCAAUAGAAUCUUGGCCUUCAUGCUUGCAGCUUCGUACUUGGGCUUAACAAGACAGCCUCGCCAUACUGCACCUAUAUACAAGUAUUCAUAUUGUUCCUUCUCCAAUAUCAUGAGUUCUUGGUGCCAGUAUGAGGCCCUGAAAUAUGUCAGCUUUCCUACUCAGGUUUUGGCAAAGGCUUCUAAGAUCAUUCCAACCAUGAUCAUGGGCAAGAUUGUCAGCAGCAAAAAGUAUGAUUAUUAUGAAUAUUUCACGGCUUUCCUUAUCUCUGUGGGCAUGACGAUGUUCCUGAUGGGCUCAACAGAAGCCAGUGAAAAAACGAGCAGCACAACCACCAUGUCAGGUGUGAUCAUCCUGGUGGGAUACAUGUCGUUUGAUGCCUUCACAUCCAACUGGCAGGGAGAGCUUUUCACACAGCACAAGAUGUCGUCCGUGCAGAUGAUGUGCGGUGUCAACUUCUUCUCUUGCCUCCUGACGACAACCUCCCUUCUCCAGCAAGGUGGCUUUGGGGUCUCGUUAGCAUUCAUGUUCACCUACCCAGUGUUCUUUUGGGACUGCCUCAUCCUCUCGGUAUGCUCUGCCACGGGCCAGCUUUUUAUCUACCAUACCAUAGCUACCUUUGGCCCUGUGGUCUUCAUCAUCAUCAUGACCAUUCGUCAGGGAUUGGCAAUCCUGCUCUCGUGCAUCUUGUAUUCCCACCCCGUGACUGUCCUGGGUGUCCUCGGCAUCAUGCUGGUAUUUGCCGCCCUGUUCCUCCGUGUAUACUGCAGCCACCGUCUCAAGCAGCUGCAGCAGAGGAAGUCAGCUGGAGAGACGGCAAAGGGAUCUGUCAAGCUGAAGAAAAUAUAAGUUUUGUUUUUAAGAAUAAUGAAUAAUAAUCAUGCAAGAUGUUCAAGUUUUGAAUCACAAGCUACAUAAUUGUUAUAAGGAAAAAAUCCAAGAUCUACUUAUUCAAGAAAAGAGAAGAAUUUCAUGUCCUGAAGAAUGGAAAAUUAAAGAAUGAGUGCAUGGUUGUUUGUGUGUAUGUAUUUUAAAUACAGAGAAGAAAGGAAUAAUUUUUUUGCCAUUUAUUUGCUUUUAUUAUUAUUUUCUUUAAGAAAAAGAAAAAAGUUGUUUGGUGUCUAAAUUAGGUUUGUUAUUUUAAAUGGUGAACAUUAUUAUUAUUUUAUUUUUCUUUAGAUGAGGAAUUUUUCUAAAAGCUAAUUUGCAAGAAAUUAUUUGCUCCAGCAGAUAUUUAAACAUGAAAAGGAACUGAUAUAAUAGCACUGCACUGUAUUCUAUAACAGAUAUUAUUAGCAAGUAAUGUAUGUAAUCUAAUAGUUUCCCUUUCAAGAUUAUCAAAUUCGUUUGUUUCAUAUUUCAAAAAGGAACCUUAAAUGUUAAUAACUUUUUCAUGACAAUUUAUUCAAAUUUUGGACUUCUGUGAUUGCCUUUACAAAAUAUUAUUAUUUUUCAGAAGUGCACAAUAAUUAUGAAUGAAAAUAAGUAUGAACACAAUAUAAUGUGUGAAAAUAUUGUACAGUAGUAAUAAGGCUAUAAUUAUUUAAAUAUAUUUUGAUUGGUGGUGGUUAUAUUUUAUAUGUUGUUUCAAAGAGUGAAAAUUUUAUAUUUUAUUCUCCCUUUUUUUUGGUAAGUGUUACCAAAAAAGCCAUCAAGAUUGUGAUUGCAACAAAUAAAUAUUUGUGUAUCAAA